AUGGUGUCUUGCGCUGAGGAGGAUGGUUGCAGGCUAUUCAAAGAGACACCACAUCCGGACGAGAAGCAACGACAGCAGCUAAGCAAGCAAUUAGGACUGGCUCCUCGCCAGGUCAAGUUCUGGUUUCAAAAUCGCCGCACCCAGAUCAAGGCUAUUCAAGAACGGCACGAGAACUCGCUGCUCAAGGCUGAGCUGGAGAAGCUGCGAGAGGAAAACAAAGCCAUGAGAGAGUCGUUUUCCAAGGCGGCUAAUUCCUCCUGCCCCAACUGCGGAGGAGGCCCCGAUGAUCUCCAUCUCGAAAACUCCAAACUGAAAGCCGAGCUUGAUAAGCUUCGUGCAGCUCUCGGUCGCACUCCCUAUCCCCUGCAGGCUUCAUGCUCCGAAGAUCAAGAACAACGUCUCGGAUCUCUCGAUUUCUACACUGGCGUAUUUGCCCUGGAGAAGUCCCGCAUCGCCGAGAUUGCCAACCGAGCCACCCUUGAACUCCAGAAGAUGGCCACCUCCGGCGAACCUCUGUGGCUCCGCAGCGUUGAGACUGGCCGUGAGAUUCUUAACUACGAUGAGUACCUCAAGGAGUUUCCUCAAGCUCAAGCCUCUUCGUUUCCUGGAAGGAAGACCAUCGAAGCAUCUAGAGAUGUGGGGAUUGUGUUUAUGGACGCGCAUAAACUUGCCCAGAGUUUCAUGGACGUGGGGCAAUGGAAAGAGAUGUUUGCGUGCUUGGUCUCAAAGGCGGCGACUGUUGAUGUAAUCCGUCAAGGUGAAGGGCCUUCACGGAUUGACGGUGCCAUUCAGUUGAUGUUUGGGGAGAUGCAGCUGCUCACUCCGGUCGUUCCCACUAGAGAAGUGUACUUCGUGAGAAGCUGCCGGCAGCUGACCCCUGAGAAAUGGGCUAUUGUGGACGUCUCGGUGUCCGUGGAGGACAGCAACACAGAGAAGGAGGCUUCUCUGCUUAAAUGCCGAAAACUGCCCUCAGGGUGCAUCAUUGAGGACACCUCCAACGGCCACUCCAAGGUCACCUGGGUGGAGCACCUUGACGUGUCUGCCUCCACAGUUCAGCCUCUCUUCCGCUCCUUAGUCAACACCGGUUUGGCCUUUGGGGCUCGACACUGGGUCGCCACACUUCAGCUCCACUGCGAACGCCUCGUCUUCUUCAUGGCUACCAACGUCCCCACCAAGGACUCUCUCGGUCUGUCUAUAUCCCUGGAUCCUCCAUUUACUAUCUCUGUCUUUCGAUACAUAUAAUAUCUUCAUUACUUCUAAACUCUCUCGGU